GUCCGAAACGUCAAAUCAAAAAUACAUAAUCGGUGCUGCUUUUCCGGAUUUCAAGAUAAAGUUAAAAUUGUAACACAACUAGCAGUCCGUUUCAUAUUUUACGAUGUCCAGUCUGUUGCAGUCGUUUCGUUGCAUGGUAGCUCGAAGCGCUAAUCAUCUGGUGCUCCCAGCAGGAACAGUAUCCUUCGUCAAUCAAUUGCACACGAGUGAUGCUCUUUCGAAGCAGUGGAACAAGCACAACACAGGUCCACGCCGAUGGCUAAUGUUUAACAAAGUCAUUUACCCACCGCAAACACCAGACGAACCACCUCGGCCUGCUUUCGUAUGUCAUCAGAAAACCAACAUUAAAUACAGUCCUAAAAAGAUGUGGUACAUCGCCAGCUUCGUCCGUGGGAUGUCCGUUGACGAGGCACUGAAACAGCUUUCGUUUAUCGAUAAGAAAGGUGCAACGGCAGUGAAGGAAACCAUUCAGGAAGCGAUCGAGUUAGCCAUCCGGCGACACAAUGUGGAAUUUCGAACGAACCUCUGGGUGGCGGAAUCAUUCUGUGGAAAAGGACGCAUUUUCAAGGGUUUCCGGCGUCAUGCUCGCGGUCGGUUCGGUGAGGUCGAGUACAAACACUGUCACUACUUUGUACGACUAGAGGAAGGAUCCCCUCCGGAAAAUUAUUAUGUCAAUCAGGCACCGAAGAGUGGUCCACAGAUGCUGGAAGAGUGGCUAGAGUCGAUGAGGAAACGAAAGGUGAUUGGGUCGUUGUAAGCAAAAAUGAGCCGUUUGAAUAAAUGAUUAGUUGCGUGA